AUGCAAAUUUCCUCUACUAUAAAAGCCAAUCAUUCACAAAAAUUUCUCACAUUUGCAAGAAUCGGUCGGUUCAUUGCGGGGGUAUCUAUAUCGAUUGAGAUUUUAAUUAUGGAAAAAAAUAGUGCUAAACAUCUACAAACAGUGGACAAAGCAACAUAUGAAUUACAAGAAAAAGUUAUUGCUAUCAUAUGGGAUUGGAUAUCAGUUCAAGUACCACUUGAUAAAAUUAGCUUAUUUAUCAGUAAAAUUCGUUCUACAGUUGUAGAAAAUUUGGAUGAAUAUUAUCCACGUGAAUGUGCUUUUCUGGUUUAUUGUGAUGCUCGUUUUACGCCACCUGUUAUAACUCGUGAAUUGGCAAAAUCAACGAAUGUGGACAUAAAUCACAUCGAAUCAAAUGAAUCGUCCUGGGCUAUUUGUAAAAAAUUACAUCGUUUUCACAGUGAUUACGAUCCUGGUAUAAUUGCGCUUAUCUCUGGUGCAUCAGCAGCUUAUGGUCCAGUGCUUACAAAACUUAGCCGUUGCGGUUGGCAUAUUCAAUUAUUUCAUCCCGAGAAUACAUCUCGAGAAUAUGCGCAUUACGGUGAUCGCAACUGGUCAAUUGAGCGAUUACUUGAUGGAGAAAUUGAAAAUAUUAAUAUUAAUACAAAUUUCCCGCACACGGUACACUUUUUGAUAACUGAAUUAUGCAAUAACGAUGAAUCACUUGGUUUUUUGACUAAUAUUACCGAGCAGUAUCAAACAAGAGUUAUCUAUUUUAAUGAAAAAGCUGCUGAAGCAAUUAUUGAAUUGAAAGCAUUUGAUAUUGAAGGUGCAAUAUCGUUACUUGAAGCACGUAUUCGGGCUUGUUCGCCGAAUAACGGCGUUCUAGUGGCUUCUACCACGGAUGCUUAUCGUUUGGAAAUUUUAACCAGUGCAUAUUUCCUUUCCAAUAUCAAAAUUGCAAAACUAACCAAUGCACCCAAUGAACGGCCCAACAUACAGUAUCCAAACACUCCAACAGAUGUAGGAACACUGGAAGCAACAAUCGAUAUUACUUCUGCUGCUAUUGCACAUGUUGAUACGGCUGCAGCUGCUACUACAAUAUUCAAUAUUGCAUCAUCAGCAACAGCAGCAGCAAAUAUUACAACACAUACUGCAAUACCACAACAUACAACAUCAACUCCUGCUGCUACUACUGCUACUGCUACUGCUACAGCUACUUUCGAUCCAUAUGUAGCGGAACAAAUUGCUGCUACUACUACAACAUCACAACUUUUGCAAGAGCAACAUGAACUGCAACAACAAGUUAUGCAACAGCUCAAAGUUAGUAAUUGCAAUAUGGAUGAUACGACAAUUGAUUAUGAACAGAAUAAGAAUAAAGAACUAGAGGAUGAUUCAAAAAGUCAUAAAGAGGUUAAAGUUGAAGUAUUUACUGAAGAUGAAGAUGACUAUGGUGUUGAAGAGGAUGCUGUUUGUGCAGUCAAUCAAAAUGAUAAUAGAAAUAGCUGGGAAAUGGAAUGUAACAAAAGUUUAAAUGAAAAUACGAAUAUGGCGAUGAAUCAUUCAUCAUAUGAUGGAGCAGCAAAUUACAAUAUAGCGGAAUAUGUAAAUGAAUAUCCACCAUUACCAAAUACGGAAUCCGGAAGUCCACUAUGUUAUUCAGCUGUUGUAAAGGGUAUUAAACCAUUGAACAACAAUAACAAUAAACCAUCAUCUAAUCCUAUAAAAGAUUGUUCAAAUGUAGCAACACCACAACGACACACAUCAAGUAUGACCUCAGUAUCAACCCAAAUGUCACAGUGGGAUCAAAUGGUAAUCGAACGUGGCGGCAAAUUUAAUAAGCCAGCACCGCAGUGCAUCCAUUGGAAUAACCCCAAGCAUCGCCUCGAUUUCCCAUGUCGUUUUUGGCAUCCACGUGAGCAGUGCCGCUAUUAUCCAAAUUGCUCAAAUACAGCCGAUGAAUGUGGUUUUGCGCAUCCAUUUUGUGGUGAUUUUUGUCGUUGCCCAAGAGGAAAACGAGAUCCACAAAAAAAUCAUCGUAUUCCAGAGGAAAGAUAUUUUGGUAGUGGCGAUCGAAUGAAAUACGCCACUGAGAGCGAUGUACAAUAA